CAGAUGCAGCUCCAAAGGGAGGUGGUGCAACUUCCAGCGGCUCUCUCAUGCCGCUAUCUUCCCUUGGGGUCUCAGGGAAAAAAUCGUCUCCGCAGCAGAGGAACGGUCGGAGUGCACAAAAUCAGCGAGGUUUGGAGUCUCUGCACCCUCAGCAACUAGGCCGCCCGUAACAACUUCCACAGCAGGGGGGACUUCAUUUUCUGCAGCCUCCACAACUGGCUCAGCCUCAGUAGUUGGUGCGGGCUCAGCACUUGGUUCUUCUUCAACAUCUGGAAGUACUGUCCUGCGGGUCCUGAACCUUGUGACCCUUGUAGCAAUGGGAAGGUCGUCGUUGUCGUCGUCGUCGUCGUCGUUGUCAUUGUCGUCGUCGUUGUCUGAAUCUGAGGAAAUUCUGAUGGCAGUAGAAGAACCUCCGGGGCCGGUGGUAUGGCCGGUGGGCCCUUAAAAGAAAAAAGGUUAUGUGAUUACCAACGUAAAUGUAAGAAGUCCAAGGAAUGUGAUUUCCGGUUAGUGAUGCUUCCAGCCCAAUCUACAUCUGUAUGUACUUCCACUUGAAGAUGUCCUUGUUUUUUAAAUAUCAAGCCUUUAUCCGGAGUUCCCUUUAGAUACCUUAGGAUCCUGUAUGCUUCUUCAAAGUGCUCAUUUCCUAGUGAAUGCAUGAAUUGGCUUACUCUGCUUACUGCGAAUGCUAUGUCGGGACGUGUGAGAUUAGUAUAUUAGUCUUCCAACAAGUCUCUGAAAUAUUCACCGCAUCUUCAAUUCUAGCAUGAUGUAGCUUCAAGUUGAGUUCGGUUGGUGUUUCAGCAGCUUUACAUCCGAGCAAGCUUGUUUCUUUGAGCAAGUCAAUUGUGUACUUGCGCUGAGUGACAAAAAUGCCCUCCUUAGAUCUAGCGAACUCCAUUCCAAGAAAGUAUCUUAGUGCUCCAGGACCUUUAUCUCGAAAUCUUUAGCAAGUCCCUUCUUUAACUUUUUCGAUUCGGCACUAUCAUUACCUGUUAGAAUUAUGUCAUCUACAUAAACAAUCAAGCUAGUUACUUUACCUUCUCUUGAGUGUUUAUAGAACAUAGUAUGGUCUGCUUGGCUUUAACUGUAUCUGAGGUUUUUUACAACCUUCCCAAAGCGUUCAAACCACGCCCUUGGGGAUUGUUUGAGGCCGUAUAGAGACUUGUUUAAUUUGCAGACUUUAUCUAUACCAAACUUCUUUUCAAAACCUGGAGGUAGGUUCAUAUAGACUUCUUCUAGAUUUCCAUUUAAGAAGGCAUUUUUUACAUUUAAUUGAUGUAGAGGCCAGCUGGAAUUAGCUGCUAGUGACAGUAAAACCCGAAUUGAGUUUAUCUUGGCAACUGGAGCAAAGGUUUCUUGGUAGUCAAUCCCAAGGGUUUGUGUAAACCUUUUUGCCACGAGUCUCACCUUAUAUCUUUCCACGCUACCAUCAGCUUUGCACUUCACUGUAAAUACCCAUUGGCACCCCACUGUCUUUUUGUCCUUAGGCAGAUUCACUAACAUCCAAGUACCGUUCUUUUUUAGAGCAUUCAUCUCUUCCAUAAUUGUUGAUUUCCAAUUAGGAUCAUCCAAGGCUUUCUUAAUAAUUCUAGGAACAAACAGGUUAGAUAUUUUUGAAGUAAAUGCCCUAUGACUUUUGUAAAGUUUAUCAUAAGAUAAAUAUUAAGCAAUGGAAUGUUGGGUACAUUUUUGAAUUCCUUUCCUAAUGGCUAGAGGAAGAUCACAAUCUGUGGGUAUAACAUUAGGUAAAACCGCUGAAGGAAAUGGAGAUGAAGUAGAGACAGAUGAUGGAGGAACCAGAUUAGGAAUACGAAUACCUGAACUACUUGAGGGACCUUUUUUAAGAGAUUCUGAUUGGCUUUGUGGUAGAGUGGUUGGCUAGUCUUUACUUUUUCUUUGAGUAUUUUUCUGAGCAUAAACCAAAAACUCAGGUUCGGGAACAGUUUGUUCCAAUUGUAGUAUUUCUCCCCCUGCUCGUGAGCCUUCUAUGUUUGGAGAAGUUGGACUGGGAUUUCAUUUGUUCUCUAUAUCUUGAAUACCCUAUUUCUGUUCUUGUUUUUCAUAAAACAAGGGAUGGAGAUCGAAUAGGAUUUGUAAGGAAUCCGAAGUUGUCUGCCAAAAAUUUUCUUCCUUUCUCUUUUUCUCUCCUUGAAGAGAAUUUUUGGUAAAAUAGGAUUGAGUUUGAAGAAAUGAGACAUCUAUAAUCACCCGAAUGUUUUUUGUUUGAGGAUUAUAGCACUUGUAGCCUCUUUUGUUUGGAGCAUACCCGAUGAAAACACAUUUUUCUGCUCUAAGAUCAAGUGUGGAUCGAAUUUGGCUGGUUAUGUGAACGAAAAUAGUAUAGCAAAAAAUUUUUAAAGGCAAAUCUGAAUUAAUUUUGCAAUCCUGAAAGGUUUUUUUGAGUUACUGCUUAUGUCUACAAAUUGGCUUUCAUACUUAACCAAAAAAAAAAGAAAAAGAAAAAGAAAAAACAAGAAUAGGGUUAAGUUAGUAGUUUAUUGGUGGUAGUUGCUACAUAAUUGAUGUCUGUUGGGCUAUAUAUAAUAAAUCCACGUGUUUUUUGGGAGAUAAAUGUAGACCUUUUUUUAUUCAAUGGCAACUGAGUAGCGAGUAGUAACACAAGUGCUGAAGACUAAAGAAUUCCUCAACUGAGCAGUGAGUCAACAACCAGGUUUUUUUUGGUUUUUAUUUUUUUCUUUUAUCCUUUUCGAUGUUGUGAUGCAGAGCGUGAUGCUUUGGAAGCUGACAUGGGCAUGGAGAUAGAAGGUGAUGGGCGUGCCCGCAUAUCUUCAACUCGAUCUGGAAGCAGAUCUUGUCUUGCCUCCUGCACCAGCUGGCAGAGUCGACAACCAGAAAAACUACAUUUGAGCCUUCAACAAUAUCAAUUGCUCAACAUGGCCCAUAAGACUCGGUGUGCUUCUAAAUCAUCUCAUAACAUCCACAAAACCUCUCUCAAAGAUAAUAGCAAAAACACUAGAUCUGACCGCAAUGUCGUCAAGGGUGCUCGGGCUGCUCGAAUUCAGCAAAACAAAUGUGAACUUUUAGACCCUGUUGUUGCUGAAGCUACACUGGACUUUCGGAAUCUUAACAAGAGAAAACUUUUAACUAAUUUCCUUACAUUUCUCCCUCAGGCAUGGUUGUUAAUUCUCUACACAGGUUUGGCUUUGCGGGAGAACAUACUUAGAGUGAAUGGAAGUGAUAUUCGCCCAUGGCUAGGAGAAUGGACGUUGUUUGGGGAGAAACUGCUGGAGUCGACGGUCAACUAUGGUUGUUGGCACCUAUUCUAUUCAUAUUACAGGGUUUUGAAGCAUAUGUUGGAAUUUUGCUACUUAAAGUUGCACUAGCUGGUGUUGUUUUUGAGUGGCAAGUUGUUACCUGUGGGGUGCUACUAAUUGUUAUGGCAGUUGGGAAUUUUGCAAACACAGUGCAGACACUAGUGGCAAAAUCUCGGUUUAAAGCGAAAAUGAAGAAAACUAAAAGUAAGGUAGAACUAAAUUAGGGAUCCCAU